AUGUAUGAAAAAAUCGUGAAAACCGAACUUGGAGAUGAUGUGAAAAUCAUUGAUCUGAGGACAGACACUAUAUCGCGGCCCACCCAGGAAAUGAGAGAGGCUAUGUUUGUUGCUGAAGUUGGGGAUGAUGUGUAUGGUGAAGACCCUACAGUUGCUGAUCUGGAAAGGGCCAGUGCUGAACUCUUAGGGAAAGAGGAUGCUGUUUUUCUUGCCAGUGGUACUAUGGCCAAUUUGAUUGCUGUUAUGGUACACUGUUCACACAGAGGCAGCGAAAUUCUUGUUGGUGAUAAAUCACAUAUCUUCCGAUUGGAGCAGGGUGGAGCCGCUCAAAUAGCAGGUGUGCAGUGCCAGCCAAUGAAAAAUAAAGACGAUGGUACUUUCAGCCUUGACGAAUUGAGAGAGAAAAUAAGAAAAAAUCCGGAUAUUCACGAACCAAUCAGUUCCUUAAUUGUUAUCGAAAAUACUCAUAACUUGUGCGGUGGAAAAGUUUUACCAUUAGACUGGAUAGAAAAAGUGGGCAGCAUCGGAUCAGACAACAACAUUGCUGUCCACAUGGAUGGCGCGAGAUUAUUCAACGCCGCCAUUCAUUUGAAAGUUAUGCCCAAAAGGGUUGUCAGAGACGUGGACUCGGUAUGUUUCUGCAUCAGCAAAGGACUCGGAUGUCCCGUCGGAGCCGUACUGGUCGGCAACACCGAUUUCAUCACCAGGGCAAGGCGAAUAAGAAAAGUAUUAGGAGGUGGAUGGAGACAAGCUGGUGUUUUAGCUGCUGCCGGCUUGGUUGCUUUGAACACCAUGAUCAACAGGCUGCGGAUAGAUCAUGAACAUGCCUAUAGGAUCGCCAAAGCUAUUUCAGAUUUCAAGUCGGAUUUGAUCAAGGUCGACUUGCCAUCAGUCCAAACCAAUAUAGUGAUGAUCAAUAUCAACCUCCCUUAUUCGGAAACGAGGAAAUUCGUUAUGAGACUGGCGGAGGUGAGAGAAAGCGAUCCAGUGAAAGUCAAAAUCAAAAUUGGGAUGCGUCAAGAUGGGAAAGGAGGAGGUUUUGUAAGGCUGGUGACUCAAUGGGAAGUGACUAGUGAAGAUGUGAAUUUGGCCAUUUCGAAGAUUGGACUUGUAGUGGAAGAAUUUGAAAGCAGAAUUUCUAGUAAAUUGUAA